AAUCAAAAACAAAACUUUCAUGGCAGGUCAAUUCUAUGGAGACAUUAAUGCAGUGGAUGGACGAAACAUUUGUUCCAGCGUUUUACCCAGUACAGGAAUACAAUGGAGACAGUCUUAGUUUACAAGAUAAAUUCUACAUCAAUGAUCUUUCAAACAUACGUCUUGGUUUGGUUCGACUUCGUCAAGUCAGAAUGCCUAAAGAAAAAUGUGGUUAUUGGAAACUAACACCAAAUCAUUUCUGCACAACUGAUUUUCAGUCGAGUAGAGAAGAAAAACGAGAUCACUGUGCGUCAUGGAAGCCAAUGAACUCAACGUGUCCGGUAGCAGAAAACAGUUUCCUAACGAAGAAUGCAUACAAAUACAGAUCAUCAUUGGAACUGAAUGGAAUGCCAUUUGCUGGAGGUUAUGAUGUGUACGGAGGGGGUGGUUAUGUUCAAGAUUUUCCAAACAACCGUGAUUCUGUUAAUACCAUCUUAAAAGAAAUACAAACACACCGAUGGCUGGAUCGCAGGACCAGGGCACUAUUGAUUGAAUUUUCAUUAUAUAACUCAAACAUAAAGCUGAUUGCCUUUUCUACAUUUGCUGUAGAGUUCACCGAUACUGGAAAUGUAUUAGCUUACACAUUUACACAAUCAUUCAGACCGACACUCUUAACGGAUGCAACGGGUGCGUUCUCCAUUCUUUUUUACUUUAUUUACAUUAUAGCUCUUAUAAUAGCAACUGUCAAAAUUAUUGGAAAAUUUCGUGACCAAGGAUUUGAUUUCUUUAAAGCUGCAUGGAAUGUCAUCGACCUAAUAACGAUUGUAUUGAGUUAUGCCGCAAUAGCUGUCUGGAUUGUAAAAUAUAUUCAAACAAGCAGAGCACUUAAACGAUAUUACAAUGAUAAAAGUGGAUUCAUAAGUUUCGUUCAAAUUGUCUUCUGGGAUAAUGUAUUCAAUAGUAUAAUUGGUAUUAUAGUAUUUACGGCCACUCUAAGAAUUCUUAAAGCCUUGGGAUAUAAUAAAAGAUGUGCUGAACUCGUAACAGUCGUCCGACACGCUGCUCCACAACUAUUUAGCUUUUUUGUGGUAUUCGGAUUAGGAUUUUUUGGGUUUGUUAUUCUGGGUCAUUUGUUAUUCGGCUCUUCGAUGUUUGAUUAUCAUAAUAUGCUCACGGCAAGCGGAAGUCUGGCUAAUACGUUGAUAGGUAGAAACAGUCUUGACAAGAUGGUUGCUGCGGCUCCAUCUUUUGCACAAGUAUAUUUCUUUGUUUAUGUGUUGUUUAUCAUAUUUAUUUUGUUGACUAUGUUUGCUGCCAUUCUGAACCAGAGUAUCACCGAAGUACGUGCAAAUUACCAGAAUGAGAGCCCAAUUGGAAUUCUCGAUCUGAUUAAAGGGGUAUUUACGGAUUUGUUAGGAUUGGUAGGCAUCCAUUUGAGAAGUAACAAACGACAAAACGAUGUACCUAAAAAGUACAUGACCGGCAUACCAAAGAAGAAUGCUGAGAUUGAUACACCAAACGUACUUCAGCUUUUGAGAGAUACCUUUGGAGAAGUCGGAGAUGACAAAUUGACAAAUGAAAAAGACGGAAAUAAAAGUCAGCAAUCUGAAGGAGAAGGGGUAAGCAAAGGAGACCUUGAUUAUUUGAUCAGCGAAGAAGACAAGAAAAGUUUUAAUAAACUGUCCCUAAAUAGUGGUCGUAUUUCCAGGGCCAGGACACCGCAAGAUAUUGACCUCGGAUUUUCAUACCCCAAAAGCAGAGAAAACAAUUCAUACAGCAGUUAUUUAUAAGCUAUUAACUCAAUGAAAUAGAAUGUGGCUCAAGUAUCAGAGUUUAGAAUAAAAUAUCAAUCGUUUUGACGGCAAAGCGUUUCCUCUUAUAGACCAAAUGAUUGCUGGUUAACUUUUACAUCUUUUUUAUAUCUAUACACAAGGAUGCUUGUCAAAAGGUACAUUAAAAUAGCUAUAUGUCUUCACAUUUAAAUCUAUUUUUC